AUGAUUAAGAGUUUAUCAUAUGUUACUGAUAAAGAACAGAAAUCAAUUUUUAGCAAACUUAUUUAUGAAUUCUUACUUUCUACACAGACUGCAUCCUCAGCUAUUAAAGGUGCCAUCCAGCUGGGAAUAGGAUACACAGUAGGAAACCUUACAUCAAAGCCAGACAGAGAUGUUCUUAUGCAAGACUUCUAUGUUGUGGAAAGUGUUUUCCUACCAAGUGAAGGGAGCAAUCUCACCCCAGCUCAUCAUUACCCUGACUUCAGAUUUAAGACGUAUGCACCUCUUGCCUUCCGCUAUUUCAGAGAACUUUUUGGUAUCAAGGCUGAUGAUUACUUGUACUCAAUCUGCAGUGAGCCUUUGAUUGAAUUAUCCAACCCAGGUGCCAGUGGGUCCUUAUUUUUUGUAACUAGUGAUGAUGAGUUCAUCAUCAAAACAGUUCAACACAAAGAGGCUGAGUUUCUUCAGAAGCUUUUGCCGGGUUAUUAUAUGAACCUGAACCAGAAUCCAAGGACUCUUCUACCCAAAUUUUAUGGGCUGUACUGUGUUCAGUCAGGAGGCAUUAAUAUUAGAAUUGUUGUCAUGAAUAAUGUUUUGCCACGAGCCUUGAAAAUGCAUUUCACGUAUGACUUGAAAGGCUCCACAUACAAACGGAGAGCAUCAAGAAAAGAGAGGGAGAAGACCAACCCUACAUUCAAAGACUUGGAUUUCUUGCAAGACAUGCAUGAAGGGUUGCAUUUUGACUCUGAAACACACAGUGCAUUGAUGAAAACAUUACAGCGGGAUUGUCGAGUUCUAGAAAGUUUUAAGAUCAUGGAUUACAGUCUGUUACUGGGAAUCCACAUACUGAACAAUAACCUGAAGGAAAAAGAGGGAGAGAGUUCCCAGAGCACAUUGGAUGCAAAACGUCCUGGAGGGCAGAAAGUUCUGUAUUCCACAGCCAUGGAGUCUAUACAGGGCCCUGGGAAGUCUGGAGACUCCGUCCCCACAGAGACAACAAACACAAUGGGAGGUAUUCCAGCUAGAAGCCAUAAAGGAGAAAAGCUGCUUCUAUUCAUGGGAAUUAUUGAUAUUCUCCAGUCUUACAGGUUAAUGAAGAAGCUGGAACAUUCUUGGAAAGCUCUUGUUUAUGAUGGAGACACUGUUUCAGUUCACAGACCAAGCUUUUAUGCAGACAGAUUUUUAAAGUUUAUGAAUACAAGAGUUUUCAAGAAAGUUCAAG